CUCUACCUCAGAAAACUCUCAAAAAGGACACGGUUAUGUGGGCUUUCGGCUACGGAUCAUUGAUAUGGAAAGUGAACUUUCCUUACCAACGAAAAGUAGCAGGAUACAUCGAUGGAUAUGCAAGACGAUUUUGGCAAGGAAGCCCAGAUCACAGGGGAAACCCAAGGAAGCCUGGACGUGUAGUUACGCUGCUGCCAGACUCUCAGGAACGAGUAUGGGGCAUAGCAUAUGAAAUAGCAGAGGAAGACGUCCCUCAGGUGCGUGAGUACUUAGACUUCCGAGAAAGAGGCGGCUACUCACUUACCUCUGUGACCUUUCAACCCCGUGAUACCAGCACCUAUGAGCCCUUUGAGGUUAUGAUUUACAUAGCAACUCCUGACAACCAGAACUUCCUUGGUCCAGCUUCCAUGGAGGAUAUAGCCCUGCAGAUAUGCUCUUCCAUUGGGGAGAGCGGAGCGAAUACAGAAUAUCUACUGAAUUUGGCUGAAGCUGUGAGGACUUUAUUACCUGAAGCUUCUGAUCAACAUUUAUUUGAAUUGGAGAGAUUGGUGCGGAAGAUAAAUUUGAAAAAGGACCAGGAGGACGUUGAAAUAUACAAUAUAUAGAGUAGAUCAAUGCACUUAUAAAGGAACCAUAUUUAUUUCAUGAAAUGAAAAUAAUAAUAAAUUUGUUUAUUAACAAAUUACGAGAUAGGUAGAUUAUAGGGGAAAUGUUGAUUUGUUUUUAAUCUGAACAGUCACUGGUUAUAAAGUUUACACAAUUGCAAAUCCUGCAAAAGAACAUUUUCGUCUAACAUGAUUUGUUAAAGGAUUUGGGUACUUUUUCAAAAUGUCCACAGAUUUACAUUAAACUUACAGGGUUUGAAGAUAAUGAUAG